AUGCACGAGGGCCUACGAGGCGACCAUGGGCGCCAAACUCGGGCUCGGCUGCUGUUCACGACUGGGGGGGCCAUUCAGCCACAUCAGGCGGUGGAUAAGGUGGGGGAUACCGUUGCCGAGGCCGAGUGUUUCGACAUCGCGGAGGUUAUGCAGGCGCACCCGGGCUUCGGAGACGCUCUCAAGAACGCGGAGAGCGCCGCGAAGUACUUCGAGCCGAGCAAGUCAAGCCUGGGGAUGGAGGACCUGGAUGCACAUAUCAUGGAGGCAGUGAAGCUCCCGUUCGUUCCAGACGAGCAGGGCUGGGAGCAUAGCGACAAGUACGUGCCUGAGCGGGCGCUCGCGGUCCGCGACAUCGGCGUGCCCGAGAGCCGCGACCUGCGCGCGGCGGCGGGCACAUUGGCGGCGGCGUUCCAGAAGGACCACUGCGACUUGGACUUCGGCUCGAAGGCCAAGGGCGCGUUCUUGCCGCGCGCCGCGUUCUCCCAGAUCGAGGCCAAGCAGAACCGCGACAAGAACGACAGCUCCGCUGCUGCCGAGGCCGGGGCAGCGCCGUGGAAGCUCGGAAUGCCUUCGGCGAUGAUCUUCCUCUGUGACAUGAUGUGGCGCGACGGCGAGGAGCAGGUCCACCGCGCCUGCGGCCUGCUCGGGGUGCUCAACGCCGCGUCCGAGAGUUUCCGCGGCGACGGCGACGCCCCCGAGACCGAGAAGGAGACGCCGCGUGCGGACUUCAAUUUGGAGCCGCGCGCGCAGGAGUCCGCGUUUUUCGACAGCGACGUGGCCAGGCGCAUCUUGCUGAAGGGCGCCGCGGUGAGGGAUCGCCCCGACGACCAGUUCGAAGCCUCGUCUCGCGCAGCGCGGUCGCUCUUCUCCAAGCAGGAGCUGGGCACGGAGGACAAGUUCAGCGCGCGCUCCUUCCGCGCCGCGGAGAUGCGGCGCCCCGAAGUGAUUGGGAAAUUCGACGAGGAGCUGGGCGCGCUCGCGUUCCACGUGCCCGCCGACGGGGGGGCGGCGCCCUCGGGUUACGCCGAUGCGCUCGCUGGCUUCGCGAACAUCAAAGCCGGGGAACCGAUCGAGAAGGUGGGGGCCCAGAAGCUCGAGACCCGCUGCGGGAACAAGCGCAGCGCCGCCGGCGGAGAAGAGCGCACCUCGGGCGCGAAGGAGCAGGAGGUCGGCGGCGAUUGA